CUCAGGCCGCUCAGUCGAUGGUCGAGCAGCAGCUGCGGAUCCAACAUGUCGGUCGGUUCUGGAAGUUUCUUCCGGUCCUCCUCCUCCGUCCCUCUCUGUCAGAGGGAUCCGCUGCUGCUGCGCCUGUGAGCGGACCCGGUGAAGUCGGUGCCCCGGCUGAGCUCCAGGAUGUUCGGCUGUCUGGUGGCGGGGCGGCUGGUGCAGACCGACGCGCUGCAGGUCGCUCCGGACAAGUUCGUGUUCAACCUGCCGGACUUUGACAACGUGAACCACGUGGUGGUCUUCAUGCUGGGCACCGUGCCGUUCCCCGCCGGGACGGGCGGCGCCGUCUACUUCUCCUUCCCGGACCCGGGGGGCGGCGGCCCGGUGUGGCAGCUGCUCGGCUUCAUCACCAACGACAAGCCCAGCGCCAUCUUCAAGAUCUCGGGCCUGAAGCCCGGGGAGCGCGGCUCCGGGCCGCAGCCCUUCGGCACCGGGGCCGCCUCCUCCGCGGCCCCCUCCGUGGCUCAGGUCGGGGUGUCGGUGGAGCCUCUGGAGCAGCUGGCUCAGGAGAUCCCGGUGUCCAGCGCCGCCGUGUCCUCCGUGGACUCCUUCCUCCAGUUCACCCAGAAGAUGCUGGACAGUCUCUACAACUUCUGCUCCUCCUUCGCUGUGUCGCAGGAGCAGAUGACUCCGAACCGAACCGAGACCUUCAUCCCGUCCAGCUGCGUCCUCCGGUGGUACGACAACUUCCAGAGAAGGAUGGCGCAGAACCCCAACUUCUGGAAGUCCUGAUGUCAGAACCCCAACUUCUGGAAGUCCUGAUGUCUGGACCCCAUCUUCUGGAACUCCUGAUGUCAGAACCCCAUCUUCUGGAAGUCCUGAUGUCAGAACCUCUGGAACUCCUGAUGUCAGAACCCCAUCUUCUGGAAGUCCUGAUGUCAGAACCUCUGGAAGUCCUGAUGUCAGGACCCCAACUUCUGGAAGUCCUGAUGUCAG